AUGGCGCAGGGCAGUCAGCAGCUCGACGUGCAGGUACUCCACGACCUCCGGCAGCGUUUCCCCGAGAUACCCGAGGGGGUGGUGUCGCAGUGCAUGCUUCAGAACAACAACAACCUCGAUGCCUGUUGCCGAGCCCUUGCGCAGGAGAGCAACAAAUACUUGUACAUGGAGUACCAUAGCCCUGAUGACACCAGAAUGAAUAGAAAUAGCCUUUUGCACAUCAAUCUGGGUAUUCAUCCUCACACCAGCUAUCCCGGGGGGGAUGGAGCUCAGCUGAACGGUGGUCGCACACUGGUUCACAGCUCAAGCGAUGGACACAUUGAUCCACAACGCGCGGCAGGGAAGCAGCUGAUAUGUUUGGUUCAAGAGCCACAUUCUGCUCCCGCUGUUGUGGCAGCUUCUCCUAGUUACAAUCCAUUUUUCAUGAAUGACCAGAAUAGAAAUGCAGCUACUCCCCCUCCACAGCCACCCCCACAGCCGUCGUCCAUACAGCCCGGAAUGAACACGUCUGCUAUGCAAGGCCCUCCCACGUACAUGCACAUACCUCGGUACAGUACAAACCCCAUUACUGUUACAGUCUCACAGAACCUCCCCUCCGGACAGAGUGUGCCCAGAGCUCUACAAAUUCUUCCUCAGAUUCCAAGCAAUCUUUACGGAACUCCUGGCUCUAUUUAUAUAAGACAAACAUCUCAAAGUUCUUCAGGACGACAGACUCCUCAGAACACACAGUGGCAUUCAUCGCCACAGGGCCCAGUUCCACAUUAUAGUCCCCGUCCUCUACCUGUGUAUCCACAUCAGCAGAACUACCAACCUUCUCAGUAUUCUCCUAAACAACCCCAGAUCCCUCAGUCGGCUUUCCGAUCACCGCCGGCAUCCCAGUGUCCCUCUCCCUUUGGCUCUCCCCAGCACCAAGUGCAGCCUCCUCAGCUGAGUCAUCAGAGUUCACAUGUUUUCAUGCCUCCUAGCCCUUCCACUGUCCCACCCCACCCAUAUCAGCAAGCAUCCCAGACUUUUCAAAAACAAGGCGGUCACUCUGUGUCAUACCUUCCUCCUUUUGCUGGACCUAGUUUAUCCAAAGGUUCCAUGAACAAAAUAGAAAUCACAGUUGAGCCACCGCAAAGACCUGGGACUGCAAUGAACAGAAGUCCUUCACCAAUAAGUAAUCAACCAUCUCAACGAAACCAGCACCCGCUGUAUGCAGCCACUACUCCUCCUUCAAGCUCUCCAUCAAGAGGUAUGUCGGGUCAACCCAAACCUCCAUUUAGUGUUAAUCCAGUAUAUAUUACCUAUACUCAACCAACUGGACCUGCAGGUGCACCAACACAGUCUCCUCGGGUAAUGGUAUCUCAGCCAAACCCAACCAUUUUUAAAAUCACAGUAGGUCGAGCACCGACUGAGAAUCUUUUAAAUUUAGUGGACCAAGAAGAGCGUUCUGCAGCACCAGAACCUAUUCAGCCUAUUUCUGUAAUCCCAGGAUCUGGAGGAGAAAAAGGAAGCCAUAAAUAUCAGAGAAGUUCUAGUUCUGGAUCAGACGACUAUGCUUACACUCAAGCCUUGCUGUUACAUCAACGAGCAAGGAUGGAGAGAUUAGCAAAGGAACUGAAGCUUGAAAAAGAAGAGCUCGAACGCCUGAAAACGGAAGUCAAUGGUAUGGAGCAUGAUCUAAUGCAGAGGCGACUUCAUAGAGUUAGCUGUACAGCUGCAAUUCCAACACCUGAGGAAAUGACCAGAUUGAGAAGCCUCAACAGACAGCUCCAAAUAAAUGUUGACUGUACACUGAAAGAAGUUGAUCUCCUUCAAUCUAGAGGAAACUUUGAUCCGAAAGCCACAUGUAACUUCUAUGAUAACAUAGAGCCUGGUCCUGUUGUGCCACCAAAGCCAUAUAAAAAAGAGCAUCAAAACAGCUCCAAACAGACUCCACGGACUCAGCCAAGAGAUGAAGACUUUGAAGGGGCUCCAUGGAAUUGUGGUAGCUGCACCUUUCUAAAUCACCCAGCACUAAAUCGCUGUGAACAGUGUGAGAUGCCACGAUACACCUGAAAUUAGGAAGGGGCUGCAUUGGGUGAAAACAGGCUCUCAAGCCCACAGCUGUAGGAGAAGGAAACAUGGGGAACCUUUCAGUCCACCUGCCUGGCCUUUGCUAGUCAACAGUCUUCAGACUGCAAGGGGUGGGAGUAAUGUGUUAAGAUCUUUCUGCUUCUGCUACACUAAAAAAGAAAUAAAUUAAAGGUUAAAUUCUUUCUUAUCCCAUUGCAGUGAGCAAAGCAGAAAAUGAAACCUGAAAAUGUAAAAGGAUUAAUUUUGAGAAGAAUGUAUACAGGAAAGCAAAUAACUACUGGUGUUUAGUCCUGUGGUUAUAGUUACUGCUUAGUGGCUCUAAAAGAAAAAAAAAACCAACCCAAAACUACUGUUUUUUUAAAAGAAAAUUAUAGGACUCUUAGUAAUGGUGUGAAGUGUUACACUUAACCAGAAAAACUGAAGAGCCAGAGCUGAUGUAACCUGACCACAGCUAGCUGGAAAACAAAGGCUCCCUGUGCUUCUAGAUUGUAAGCUACUGAAAAAGAAGAGAGGUAAAUGCAGUGAUGAAUUUUGCAAUGU